AUGGUCAAUAACGAAGCUAGUUUACAUUUUCCUCAAUUGCAAGUUGAUUACAGUGUUAUAUCAAAACGUUGUAGUGAACGUUGGAAACAAAUGUCAGACUGCGAGAAAAAACGUUUCAGUGAUACAGCCGAAAUUCAACGUAAACGUUAUAAAGAAGAAAUGGUUCAUUAUCAUGCGGAGUUAGCAAAAACACUUGCUGCUGUGCCGCAAAGCACUAAUCAACAAUCUAAUCCUACGCAACAAACAUCGAUGAUGAAUUCAUAUGACUUAACAAAUCAUCAAUUUCCACCGUCUACAACUUCAAAUGUUCAUCAAUUAACAGCAUCAUCAUUAACUCCAACACAAACUUUGACUUCGCUACCUUCUCUAGGAUUAAGUAAUAAUAACAACCAUCAAAAUGAUAUAAACCAGUCGCUACAACAGCAACAACAAUUAUUCACUCCACCAUCGAAAAAGGCAACAAAAAAACGAGACAAAAAAUUAAAAGAUCCUCUAGCACCGAAGAAACCUUUAUCGGCUUAUUUUUUAUUUUGUGCAGAUGAAAGACCAAAAGUGCACAAUUUACAAGCAGGUUUAUCUGUUAGUGAUGUGUCGAAAGUAUUGGGAAAUCGUUGGAAAAGUGCCUUGCCCGAUGUUAAACAAAAAUAUGAACAGCAAGCAAAUGAAAAUAAAAGUAAAUAUCAGAUUGAAUUCAAUAAAUAUAAGCAACAGUUACCGAUGUCUUCAUCAAAUUCUGCUCUUCCUGGUACAUUAAAUAUACCUCGAAACAACAAUAACACCAACGAAUUUCACCCUCAAACCCAAAUGAAUUUUUCUCAACAACAACAACAACAACAACAAACUCUUCAAUUUCCUUUUCAACAGCAGCAACAUCAAAAUUUUUUGAUUGAUCAAGAUGAUUUUAAUCAACCGAAUGGUAUUACAAGUGUUGGAAUUACGGAUCAUUUCAAUAAUCAUGUUGAUAUGGAAAAUAGACAACAUGAUUUUGAAGCGGAAACUGAAGAUGAUGGUUAA